AUGGCUGAAGCCUUUGGCAUCAUUACCGGGGCUGCCGGGCUUAUUGACGUAUGUAUUCGCCUGGGGAUAUACGUGCGAGAAGUGAGGAAGGGGGCAACAACUAUCCAGCAAGAGCUCGACUCACUGCUGAAAGAAGUGUCACUACUCGAGACCAUCUCCAAGGCUGUCAAGGAUACUUACAUUAUAGAGUCGCGCAACUUACCAGCAUCGCCGCGAACAGGGCCACCUUAUGAUACUGCCGGGUUUGUCAAUACGCCGCCUCAUGUGUGGAAAGACUUCGGGCGGACGAUUGACCAUUGUUCCGUCAUUAUCGCAAAGCUGUACGAGAUUGUCAAGGAAAUAUGUGGCUCGGAGAACGUGCUGAAAAGGGUUCACAAGAGGAGGUCGAAGGAGGAUGACUUACGACGCUGUAAAAGUGAGCUGGUACUAUACUAUGGCCACAUCCAGAUCCUAUUUUCUAUCAUCAGUCGUGAAGACACACGGUAUUCGCAGAAGCAUAGUGCGAAGUCGUUCGAUGACUUAACAGGACAAAUGCAGACCAUUCAAGGUCAGAUCUCUGACUUAUCACAGUCUAUGGCAGCAACUGGUGAUUCGGACUAUGAUAAAAAAGCGUUGGAAGCUCUCAGGGACCUGCAUGCAUCUAUCACGUCGGCUACUGAAAUGAUCGCGCCUUCGACCAAUAACGAGUUCUUUUCUACCCCUAAAUCUGUCAGCAGCAUCUUUACCGGGCGCGAAACGCUUCUUUACGAACUCACCGAGGCAUUCAUCCAGACCCCUGGAUUGUUUCGCAACCAGUUGCAACGACGAUUUGUCGUCCAUGGCAUGGGUGGAUCGGGUAAGACGCAAUUUUGUUGCAAGUUCGCGGAAGAUAAUCGCGACCGGUUCUGGGGCGUGUUCUGGAUCGAUGGAAGCUCGGAGGAGAGAAUCAAGAAGAGCCUCGGCGAGAUCGCGAAGCUAGCUGGCCGGCAUGUGAACCCGAACGCAGCACUUCACUGGCUAUCUAACAUUGAGAAGCCAUGGCUUCUGUUGAUUGACAACGCCGAUGAUCCUGAUAUCACGCUCGAAGAUUACUUCCUAAAGGGGAAACGGGGUCACAUCCUCAUUACCACGAGGAACCCAGGGUUCCGAAAUCUGGGGAACAUCGAGCCACGUUAUUACGACUUCAGUGGCUUACAGCUCAAAGAAGCUUCCAGUCUACUCUUGAAAGCCUCCGAACUUCCCGUGCCGUGGGAGUCCACUGUGGAGGACCUUGCUUCAACCAUCACUAAAGCUCUUGGACAUCUUGUCCUAGCCAUCGUCCAAGCUGGCGCAGCAAUUAGAUCGAAACUAUGCAGCCUUCAAAAAUACCUGGAUUUCCACGAGCGGAGCUUGCUAAAGCUUCGCAAAGACAAGCGAGUCAAACUGGAUCCCAAUUACCAAGCUGUUUGGGCCAACUUUGAGUUGGGCUACGAGAAGCUCGAGGCAAGGAGGGACAUCGAGCCUAGAUUCUUUGAUGCCCUGGAGUUGUUACAUGUCUUCGCGUUCUUUUACCGUGAGAGGCUAUCGCCUGACGUAUUCACUAGGGCGAUACAGAACGCCCAGCUCGAGAUUGAACAACAGGAGAAAACCGAAGUAGAUGAACGCUCGAGCCCUCAUCGAAGAUCGCCCACGAUGAUGGAGCGGUUUCAGCCGAAGCUGGGGGCUCUGGUCUUGACUGCGAACUGGUGGACUCGAGCUUUCGAGGACCGCAUUCGCGUCGCGCUGAAUGAGCUGGUGGAGAUAUCACUGAUAGACUGCAACGAGGCCGAUGGGACGUAUAGCAUGCACCCAGUAGUUCAUAACUGGGCAAGGAAACGCCCGCAGAUGAGCCUUGCCGACCAGGCCUUGUGGGCAGAUAUGGCUGGUUAUGUCCUUGCCGCCUCGAUCCUCCUGCCGCCGUUGGGGACGAGUACUGAGGACGAGCAAUAUCACGUCAGCCUGAAAACACAUAUCGAGCACGUCCAAACAUGCCGGGAAGAUAUCGUAAGCCAACUGGUUACGAACUCUGCCUCAUUGUGGCUGCCGUCGUUCGUAACGUCCACCGCUGAUGCAGACCGGCUGCGCAUGUAUGCGAAGUUCAGCCUGGUUUAUGCGCAAUGCGGGCAAGUCAACAAGGCUAAACCACUUCUGAAGGAGGUCGCGGGUUUCCUGAACCAUUUUCUUGGACCUCAGAACAAGAGAACCAGGGAUGCGCACGAGGCCCUGUCGGCUAUAUAUUGGAUAUUGGGUAAGGUUGACAAAGCACUUACAUUACAGCGAGGACUCUUCGCUGCCUGUGAAAAACACCUCGGCCGCGAUCAUCCGGAUACGUUGAGGGCCCUGCAUAAGCUGGGCGUGACACUUUAG